AUGGGGAGGCAGCGAAGCAACUUGCCCUCGAUUCGAGCAUCAUUGGGUCAGUGCGCAAGCACGACGCCAUGGCCUUAUGCUCACGUAUAUUACAGGGCGCGACCCACUCGUGAGUGGCAUCUCUACGACUUCGACAUAGGUCGCCCACUAGGCAAGGGCAAGUUCGGACGAGUGUACAUGAUCCGCACUAAAUGCGAGCCGCGAUACAUCUUGGCUCUCAAGUGUCUGUACAAGUCAGAGAUCAUCCAGUCGAAGGUGGAGAAGCAGAUUCGGAGAGAGAUCGAGAUUCAGCAGAACCUCCGACAUCCUCACGUUCUUCGACUUUACGGGUACUUCCACGACGAGAAACGUAUCUUCCUGAUGCUCGAGUUCGCUGGAAAGGGAGAGCUUUAUAAGCAGCUCACCAAGUACGGUUCUUUCUCUGAGCGGAGGAGCGCGGUCUACAUCGACCAGAUGGCAGAUGCUCUUUCGUACCUUCAUUCGAAGCACGUCAUCCACCGCGAUAUCAAGCCCGAGAACCUGCUGUUAGGGAUCAAUGGGGAACUCAAAAUUGGAGACUUCGGUUGGAGCGUGCAUGCGCCAGGCAACCGACGGACCACGCUAUGUGGGACGCUCGAUUACCUUCCUCCCGAGAUGGUCGAGGGCAAGGUCCAUUCGGAGAAGGUUGAUUAUUGGGCGCUCGGCGUGCUCACUUAUGAAUUCAUCUGCGGUGCCCCCCCAUUCGAGGAUCUCAGAGGAUAUGGCGCGACAUACAAGCGCAUCGCCAGCGUAGACUUGCACAUCCCGUCCAAAGUCAGCGGGGAGGCCCGGGACCUCAUCAUGUCUCUGUUGCAAUACGACCCAGACAAGAGAAUUCCUCUUUCAGAUGUGAGAAAGCACCCUUGGAUCGUGAGAUACCGGACCAAGGCCCCCUCUGAAGGCAAAACGUCAUAG